AUGGCACCGUCCGCAAUCUUAGAGUACCAAGAACUUACAACCAAAUUUCACAAAGAAGUCAGUCUUCUUGACGAUCAUCAUGGCGGAGACGAAAUCAUCACCAACGGACUUGCCUCCAAAGCUCUUGUUCAGAGUGUGCUGAAGGAGCACAUCUCUGGAAUCGACACCGAUACCUGCGACCCCGGUGACGAGGAUGCCUUCUACGUGGCGGAUAUGGGCGAGAUCUAUCGCCAACAUCUGCGCUGGAAGCUGAACCUCGCACGAGUCAAGCCUUUUUAUGCUGUCAAGUGUAAUCCCGACAAAGAGGUCCUGCGUCUACUGGCUAGCCUGGGGACUGGCUUCGACUGUGCGUCGAAGGCCGAGAUCGAUCUUGUUCUCAACCUCGGCAUCGACCCCAAUCGUAUUAUCUACGCGCAACCAUGCAAGACCAAGUCGUACCUGCGACACGCAGCCAGAGUCGGUGUCAAGCAGAUGACCUUUGACAACAGCGAUGAGCUGCUCAAGAUUAAGAACUGCUACCCGGACGCCGAGCUGGUCCUGCGCAUCAUGACAGACGACUCAUCAAGCCUGUGCCGUCUGAGUGCAAAGUACGGCGCUAGUCUUGAUGAUGCAAAGGAGCUGCUCCAAUUCGCUCAUGAGCUGCAGCUCGAUGUCGUCGGUGUCAGCUUCCAUGUCGGCUCUGGAGCAUCCGAUCCGUCCUCCUUUCGCAAGUCAGUCAGAGACGCACGGGAGGUCUUCGAUGAAGCGUGGAAGAUGGGAUUCAACUUGGAGUUGCUUGAUGUCGGUGGAGGUUUCGUCGACGAGACUUUCGAGCUCUUCGCUGCUGCCUUGAACAGCGCUCUCGAGGACUACUUCCCUAACAAUGAGAUUCGCGUCAUCGGAGAGCCUGGCCGCUACUACGCUUCAAACGCCUUCACUCUUGCGGCGAACGUCAUUGCCAGACGCGAAGUCUUCGAACACGAUAUCGGCAAGCACUCGUACAUGCUCUACCUAAACGACGGUGUGUACGGAAACUUCUCCAAUAUCAUAUUCGAUCACCAACAUCCAAUUCCGAAGAUUCUGCAUGCUCAGUCCCCAGCGACUCAGCUUACGGAGUACUCGAUCUGGGGACCGACGUGCGAUGGCAUCGAUGUGAUCACGGAGCGUCACGUUCUCGCAGGACUGCUGAAUGUUGGUGACUGGCUGUUCUUCGAGAACAUGGGAGCGUACACGAAAUGCUCGGCAACUCGCUUCAAUGGCUUCACUGAUGAUCAUCGCGUCAUCUACAUCUCCAGCGAGCCAGGAGCAUCCGCUCUGCUUGGCUACUAG